AUCACGACUCGUGCACUCUCCUGGUUAUAUGUUGUAUUAUAAAUGUUGCUUUGAUUCUUUGUUUCAGGUAAGGGAAUGCCUUUUGCGGUAUUCUUCACUGUGCGCGGUUGCGAAAAGUCUCAUCGCGACUGGGCAAUAAUGGUAGUACCCAUCAGAGAUACGAGAGUGCAAAGUUGCGGAGCAAACAAGCGAUCGAUUUUCAGACGCAGAUGCGAGAUGAAUGGCGAAUCGUGUGCACCAUAGAGACGCCAGGUCGGCAUAGAAAUGGGCAACAACGGCAGCAGCUCCCAUCAGUACUGCGCGUCCAAUGGACCGCAGGAGAUUGGCGGACGCGGGUGGACGCAGUCGUUCCCUCGGGAGCUGGCACGGCAUCACCCUCAGCAGCCGACCGGACACAAGGUCCUGCCGGAGCCGCCCAAUCAGCGGUUGCGCGCCACCAAUAAUGGAAGCAUCAUUCACAACGGGGGAACCAUAAGCGGCCGCAGGCCGCCGGCCCUCACGCUUCCGCACGACCUUAAUAAGCAAGGAAUAUUCCGUAGCCGCAGCACCUCGGCGUCGAACAUCGGCGCCUCGCGUGGCCGCAAGCUCGAGCAUCAUUGCUGUCAUCAUCGAGGCGAGUCGAGCUGCUGCAUGGAGAACGAGAUGCAGGAGCUCAAGAGGUUUGGUAGCGAGCCCGAUCUGCGGUAUUCGCCGAUGGAGCGGGAGGCGGUGCGUUGCAACGGGAAGCUGCAGCAGCACGCGAUGGAGCACCGGCAUUGCGGAAGCGGACAUUAUCCCGAGCGGGAUUGCAGGGAGCGGGAGAGCCGGUACAAGGGCAAGAAGAAGUACAAGGCACCGGCGCCGCCAUUGAACGGCGUCGUUGAUGGAUCGUCCCCAGAUUCCUACAGGUACACGAAAUCCGGCCAUGAUCGCUCGGGUGGUUGCCGCGGCGAGGAGGAGGUCCAGCCGCCGCCGAGGCGGUCGCGCCUCUUCAAGACGCGAGCAGAGACGAAGAGGGCGCAGGUCAACUGGCUUUCCUCGUCCUCGUCGUCGCAGGCUCACGUGGAACGUUGCAGCGAGAACGGCAACGGCAACAGCCAUAGUGGUGGCGGGUUGGAGAACGAGCGACGGUGGCGGAGGGAGGACGGCCGCUCUGGCAACAAGGAGAACAGGCUCGCCUGGCGCGAUCAGAGCAACCAUCUUCAUCAGGAUCGCUGGUGCCGGGACGACCAGAGACGUACGAGGAUCUUUGACGGCAAGAACACGUUGCAGAGGAGCAUGAGUAGCCCAGAGUUCCAGGCGGAAUUGAUGCAGGUGGCCAGGAAGGUGCGCAACAAGCUCCACUGCGGUAGAGCCUCCGUGGAGUCUUGCAUGCAGCGCAACGGCAUCGAUGCCGACCGGAUCAAGGAGCCGAAGAUCGAGGAAAUGAAGCGGCCGGAGAAACGAUCGGCAAGGAACGAAGAGAGUUCCCCCGACGAAUGUGUGAUCGAGAAUAGGAUCGUUGAGGAGAGGCGACUGAUCGAUCGCUGCAGCCGAUCCGAAAGCAAACUCAACGUAUACGAGGAGCGCAAGGGGAACACUCGCGAUUCCGCCAGGACCAAGGAUUACCUGGAAGAGAGACAAGCUGAGACGGUAUCAGGCGGAAAGAGACGGCUUGUCGAGAAAUCGGCAACGUUUGAGGAAUCCUCCAUAGUGCGCACGAGGGAUCCAGCCCGGAAAGGUCUGAAGGAUCGACUAGACGCCAUGGGGCGCUCUGCGGAUGCGAGAUUCCCGUCGGAGAAGCAACGAAGGGACCUUCUCGAGGACUAUCAGCGGGCGAAGAGCGUGGCCAGGAACCGGAAGUACGAGGAUGUGGCAGAUUCGGCGAGAACCAGAUCGGAGAGUCCUGUGAGGCCCUGCAUCAGGUCGACGGAUCCUCGCGGGCAGGGUUCCGGCAGAGAAAGCACGCCCGAGCGCACGAGCGAGGCUAAAGAGAGGGAGAGGGAUUCGGAUCGUAGAUUGCGAAAGAGCGAGACCAGAAAUACGGAUGGCACGCCGGAUGAGAGGAGGUGGUCCUGCGAACCUGUUCCCGUCACGGCGGAGAAGAAGGAUGCAAAAUCCAAAGAGAAGCUCGCGAGGAAACCAGAAGCCAAGGAAGUCGUCCGCGAGAAAAAUUGGCACGUGCUGCCGCCGCCGGAGAAAUCCGCCCCGAAAACAUUCUACUUUGGCAUGGACGAGGCACUGUCGAACGAGUCGCGAAACUGCGUGGACCAGCACAUGGAACAGAUCCAGUCCAGGUUGCAGAGCAGAGAGGUGAACGGAUCGAUCGAGUGUUUCGAUUAUACCGAUGAUGGAAAGAGCGGGGUGGAGGAUAUCUCGUUAAAAUUGCGACCCACGUUACCCAAGAAGCAGCUGGAGAUCCCGCGAUUCUCACCAUCGGCAGCCUGGCGGCUGUUGUCCGCAUUGGAGGCACCUGGACCGGCCAUGAGUACAGCGAGCGAGGAAGUUCCGGUGAUGUUCGAGGAGCGUAUCGAACGUCUGUCGAGGCCCCCUCCGCCGCUGAUCGCCCUCGGCCCGCGAAGCUCGCACGACAAGUCGGGCGACUCCGGCAUAUCCGGUGAUGCCGGCGCGGCCAAUGACGACUCCCUGGACGUUAGCACCAACACUAACAACAACGGCAAUGGCAACGGCAGGCUGAAGACGUCGGCGACGCGGCCAACGUGGACGCCGCAGCAGGACUUGGGAGAGGAAUCUAGUAGCGACGCUGGCGUGGAUUCACCACCGCCGAUGCCGACUCCGGUCAAGUUCCCGCCCAGGGCGCACGUGUUUUCGCUGUCAUUACCGCGUGAUGACAGUCGCAUGUAUCUCUACAGUCCAGACAAGGGUAAAGACGGCUCCACCUUCAACUCGCUGCAGAAGCUGAAGAGAUCUGUGUCGGGCGCCUUGGGACUUGGGCCGCUGGACCUCGAGAGAAAACGUACCCGCGAUGUUCUCGAUGACAACUGGUUACUGUCGACGAGCGCGCCCACGUCACUGCAGCACACUCAAAUCACGGAUGCGACGCGUUCCUCGCCGCCCGGCUGGAAGCCUGGUUACGAUGAUGAGGACGAAGACGAUGAGGAGUUGGAGGAGGAAUUAAUAGAUGAUCGCGGCGACUUUCCCGUGAUCAUGAAGCCGCCCUCGUUCUCGUACUUGGCCUCUGGCGGGCAUGUGAUGUAUCUGCCCGAGUCCAAUGACUCGCAGUACCAGUCGCAGAGCUUGAAUCGCAUAAACAAUGCGGCGACGGACAGCGAGAAAAACUCUGCUGGUAAUUCCGCGCCGAAGUAUCGCAAAAAUGGCGUGGACGAAUUCAGGAAACCCGGGAAAGAGACGGAGAAGACGAGCAAACACUCCAAAGAGCCGACCGUUUUGAUGGACAAGCCUUUCGCGGGCGACGGGAAGGUGAUCAGCAAGUUCUCCAAGUCGUGCGAGAACAUUUCCGAGAUGAAGCAGCGGAGCAGCUCGCCCACCGGCGAUCAGCAGAAUCUCCAGGACGACAAGGAGAUCGCGCCGGAGAUGAAACCACCAUUGAAGAGUAACUCGAAAGGCCGGAGGUUCACGUUCCAGAGCACGGUGCGGCAGAUUGAGAGGCGCAGAUUAGCGGAGAAGCUCUCGCGGGAGGCGGAAGCCAAGGAGAGGCAAAGGAAGGGCGAGCUGGAGGCGAUGCGUAAAGUGGAAGAAGAAUUCCAACGGAAACGGGCUAGGGAGAAAGCAAACAUCAGGCAGCAACUUCGCUUAUACAGCAUGGACGAAAAUCUCAGCAGCUUGCCCACCGUGUGGGACAGUUCACAAUUAUCUCGUGCGGAUCCGGACGGCGCGCCAUCGUCGUCGGCAUCAUCACCAACGUCGGUCCCGCCGGCAAAACUGACGACCAUACGGAAGAGCAGCGUUAGCAGCGACGAGUAUCUGCGUAAGAGAGCGCCCAGCACGGAUUCCAGGCAGCAGCAGCAGCAGCAGCAACAGCAACAGCAGCCGAGGGAAUACAAAGACUACCGACCAAAGUAUUACGACUGGGUGCCCACCGAGUCGUCGUCGCAUCUGGACUACAAGCAGACCACAGUGCAUCCCAAGGUAGUCUGCGACAUUCCCAAGAGCUCUCCCGUCUUUGUGGACGUGCACGCAAACGUCGGCAAAACCGCGAAUCUCAGCUCCACGCCCAGGUCCGACAAUUACAGGAAAGAUUUUGCUCACGGGGCCGUGGCGGCGAGAUCCUCCUUAGCGAGCAGCGACAGCGAGCUAUCGCAACCAAACACGAGACCGCAUUCCAGGCAGGCCGGCGGCAAGAGCAAGCCCCUUCGCUCUAGGUACGAAGCACGGAGGGUGUCGAAACGAAGCGAAAAGAGUAAGAAACGGUUAACUAGGUCGGCUAGCCCGGUGUGCAGCGAGGAAGCCGUCACCUCGGAGGACGAGAGCCCGGUGGAGCCGAUCAAAAAGGAGCGAAGCCCCAUAAACGGCUUCAUAUUGAAUGGAGUGCAGCCCUUCGUGAGGGAGAAGAGCUAUCGACCCAUUUCUUUCAAUCCCCAACAACCUCCGCCCAUCCCGACGAUGAUCUGGUCGAACAAUCAGUUGGGCGCGGCCUACUACAACAUUCUCACGUCCGAAUUAUUCGUGAUGGACGACACUUACGAUGACGGCGUUCGCUUCAACAUCAUGAAGAUCCUGUACAGGCAGUGUCAGCCGCGCUACGUCAUCACGAUCUCCGGCACGUCCGACGAGUUCCUCACGGCGAUCGAGGCAUUGGUAAAGUCGGAAACGUCGGUCAGCUCGGGCGAUUCGCAAGGUAUGGACAGUGCCCGGCCGGUGCAGGUCUCGCUGAAGGUGAUGCAGAAGAAAGAGUACAGUUUCGACAGAUGCUAUCACCGCGUACGAUGUCUCAAGCUGCAGUCGGAGCCGGCGGACGCCAACAACGUCGAAAGGCUUAUCUUCCUGCAGAGCCUGUUGAAUUUCAAAUCGAUCGUCAUGAUCCACGCGCUCGGCCUGCUCUUGAUCUACAUCGACCAGCGUUGGAGCAAUAUCACCCUCGACCCUUCCGGCAGGGCCGAGUUCGUAUCCGUGAGCAACGUGACACUACGCGACAUUGUCAUGAUAGACGACGGCACCUACAAUGCACUGAAUAUCGUACACGCCAGGCAUCACCCGAGUUUCUUCAAGUGUGGUGACGCGGCGUCGCAGAAACAAAGUGGCAGUUUAUUCCUCCUUUUAAACCGUUGCCAAUCGCGACCUGGAGCGCAAUUUCUGUGGCAAGUAGUCGGAGUCGUAUUGAAAACAUUGUGGCAUCCUACAAAAGACAUCAAAGUCCUUAACGAAAGAUUCGAAGUCGUCGAAUUCUGUUUGAAUCCAGAUAAUCAGAGUAUCGUCGAAAGUCUGACGUCAUGCUUAAAACACGUUUAUCGUUUAAGCAAUAUUGUAUUGGAUCGAUAUCUGGCACAGCAAGCUAAAAUUUCCGACUGGCGACGACUGCACAAGACGAUCUCAUCUAUAAUUUACAUCGCCGAUAUAUGUGAGAAAUACCGUGAGAGGAUCAGCCUGUUCGGCAAAAUUGUCGGUAGCGUCACAAAUGAAGUACGCCACGUCAAGUAUUUUAUCGAGCACAUCGUGAACCUUAGCGCCAAGAGAACCGAGAACGACUUCAUCGUUCGACUAAACGUGGACUCGCACCUGGACAAAUUGCAUCACAUGAGGAGCACUUUACCAGAGACCCUCGCACGAAUAGGAGAGCAAGACAUGCAGCAUCUUCCAUCCUCGGCGACGACUUGCAAAAUGGUGUAUAUACCGAACAUCGGGUACCUUUUGGCGAUAACCGAGUGGAAUCGAUCACCAGCUGAUAAUAUCGACUUGCAGAACCUGGAGUUCAAAUUUGUCAGCAACAAUAUACGCUAUUAUAAAAGCCCUAGCGCCAAAGAAUUAGACGCAACCGUGGGGGAUAUAUUGUUAAGGAUAAAUAAACGAGAGAGCCACAUUGUCCUGAAGCUCGUGAAAUACAUAAAUAAGCAUUCCGCGUCGAUCUUCAACGCGAUCUAUUUAUGCGCCGAGUUAGACAUGUUGUUGGCGUUCCACCUGGUUGCGCGAGAACACAAUUACGUGAAGCCGAACAUGGUGGAACGGCAAGUUAUAGCGGUGGAGCAGGGCCGACAUCCCCUGCAUGAAUUUCUAAUAACGUACGUCCCGAACGACACGUACUCCGGGGACGGCCGGAGCCUCGUGAAAAUCCUGACCGGUCCAAACGCCUCCGGGAAGAGCACCUAUCUCAAGCAGAUCGGGCUCAUAGUGUUCAUGGCGCACAUCGGGUGCUACGUGCCGGCCAAAUCAGCCACCAUCGGAGUAGUCACUCACAUUCUGACGCAGAUCACGUCGAGGGGUAACAUCGCUCUUAACAUGAGCAUGUUCCUCGAGGACAUACGGCAGAUAAACGUCGCCCUUCACACCUCCACGCCAAACUCCAUCGUGAUCUUGGACGAAUUCGGAGACGGCACGUCCGAGAGGAGCGGCUUGUCGCUGCUCGCGGCUGUGCUGAACAGCUUCGUCGAGCGCGGUGCGUACUGUCCGCACGUUUUCGUGGCCACGCACAUCCUUCAGGUGGUGCAUAUGCUGCAGAGUCCGAUGAUCGAGGAACAGACGUUUGAAUUCAUCACGAACGGCAACGGCUCGCUGGCGUAUCUUUACCGUUUAAUCGAGGGACAAACGGCACACAGCUUCGCGCAUGCAGCCGCACGAAACGCGGGUUUGGAUGAGCAAGUUAUCAGACGAGCGUUAGAGGUAUACGAUAAAUUUAAGACCAGUGAGUUAUCUUCACGAUUAUCGGAAGCACAAAAGCAAGACGUGGCGACGCCUAUUUUCGGACGAUUACUGGGAUCUGAGAAUUUCGAUCUGGAAGAACUGAAAUCGCUGGUUCGACAAGCUACGGAACCGCUACUUGCGAAGAAAUAAAAGAAAGACAACACCAAAGAAAAAGAUAUUUCUAUCUACGUUAA